CGACAGUGAAAAACACAGCUCCUGCUGUGAGUGAACCUCCAAAACUUUGGCCAAUCUAAGGUGCACCUGGUGCUGAAAAUGGUCAAACCUCGCAAAGCAGCAAAACCAAAAGAGGAGGCUUUGGAGUUGUCCUCUACUAAACAGCUUCCAGAAGGCGCCCUCUGCUUCGCCUGCUCAGACGACGGCCGGUACCUGAGCAUCGGUCACAGUCAGGGUGUGUGGGUGUGGUGUGCGUCGUCUCUGAACUUUGAUGCUGAAUGGCUGAAUGACACGCUGGAGGUCACAUCCAUACAGAUGAUCCACAUGGCUGAGGCAGCUUAUCUGCUUGGCACUAUUGAUGACAUGGGUGUCGCUCGGAUCUUCGCGUAUCACUCCAAAAGCAUCCACCUCCUCAGUGUUGUGAAUGCCAUGGACGACAUCAACAGAAAGCAAGUGUGCUCUACAUUUGAGUUAUCUCAAGGAGGACACUAUGGAGCCGCAACGAUCACUUGCAACGGCAAUGUUUGGCUCGAAGUUCAUCACCUGCCCUCAGAAAACUGGCUGAAAGAGUUAGAGAAGGCAGUUACAUCCAUGCAGGAAUCAAAGUCCUCAAGAGAUAUGGAUGUAAAAUGGUCUCCAUUGCCAGCGGCAACUAAAAUCAAACUACCAAAAAUCCGAGGAUCGACAUCGGAAGGUCUCCACGAGGUGCAUGUUACCGAUUUUAAAACACACUGUUUGUCAAUAGACGAAGACGCCAGGAGACACUGGCUCGGAGCCGACGCAGAAUCAAAACAUACAAGUGAAAGUGCAAGAUGCACCCAGCACUUUCUCCUGCCUUGUGGUCAAUUCCUUGUGGACAGUAAAGCUCUGACAGCAGAAUGGUCCGUCGCUAUCUGUGUGUGGUGGACUGGAAGCCUCAAUCUUCUUCACUAUUCGCUGCAAAAAACACCAACACACAGAUCAGAUCAUGAACCCAUGCCGGAUAUGGUGUGGCCAAACGCAAAGGAAAUCCUCUGCUCUGCUGUUAGUAGAUGCACUCGCUACGUAGCUCUUGGGCUUGAGGAUGCCUUGGUGUGUGUGUGGGACAGGCAGACUGGUUCCCCGUUGUCUGUUGUUUUAAUGUCGGCGACAGAUAGUCCCCUGUUCAGAAUGCAGUUUGUGGAUCUCUUCCCUGUGUCCGACGAUGAAGUCCAUCUUUCCGUGGUGUGCAAAAGUGGAGCGAUUCACACAGUCACCACAGGACGGGGGACACCGCCCCGCACAGUGCUUCUUGCUGAAAGGCCAAAAACCAGUGGAGAUCUGCCAACUAUCGUUACAUCAGUGCCAUUCCUUCAGAACAUGUUCCUUGUGGUUCAAAGAAAUGGGAAAAUAUUCCUCCAAGACGUCGUCAGCAAAACCACCGUGUGCUUCUUGAAACCUCCAAAAACGAAUGUGAUCGCUUCUUCCUGCAUCCCAGUGUAUGAUCUGAACACCAGACAGCAAAUGCUCUUCAUACGAGGUGACUCCAGCUACAAAACAGCCACCGAGAUCCUCUUCUUCCGUUUUGGAGAGUGGGACAUCUUCAAGCCGUACAUAGAUUUACCUGCAGAUUCUGUAAAACAAGACACAUUCAGCUUCGUCACUCUAGAAGAAUCCUGCAACCUCUACCUCCAGCAGAGAGCACUGUCUGCGGAGGAGAGGAGCAAAGCCAUCACACAGACAUGGGAGCAGCUACAGGAAACUGUCACGACAGAAACCGAGCGAAGCUGAAUCUAACGCUGCUCCCUUCAGGGGUCGCCACAGCGAA